AGAGUCGGACUGUUGUCGUCAGCUCAUCCAACAUCAACAGGAGAAGAGGCAGCGAGGUGUGUUUGCUCCACUCCAGUAAAGUAAAGUUUCGGGCCAGCCACCACGAUGUUACCUUACUUCCUGCUCUUGUUCCUCUCAUCUGGGCAGGUGUUAUCCUCUGAGUGCCCAGCAGACUGUAACUGCCCACUCCAGGACUCUAUAUUCUGCAUUCAACGACGGUCCAGCUCUGUGCCCCGUGUCCCCACCAGCACCCACGAACUAUACAUCUUCCAGAAUGGCAUCAACACUUUGUCCCAAGAUGACUUCAGAGGCUUGGUGGAGUUGGAGAUGCUCGACCUGAGUCAGAAUGUGCUGGUAGAGAUUCCAGAUGGCGUAUUUGAGAUGCUGUCAAAGCUGAAGAACUUGGAUCUGUCCACGAAUGACAUCACCCACAUUUCCAAAGGGAGUUUUUCUGGGUUGGUCCAGCUUGAGAGGCUUUAUCUCCAUGCAAACCGCAUUCAGAGUAUCCAUUUGGAAGCUUUUGAUGGUUUAGAUAUGCUGCUGGAACUCAAGCUCCAAGGUAACCAGCUCACAUCUCUUCCAGCUCUUCACUUUCCCAAACUUCUGCUUCUAGACCUCAGCAACAACAACAUCCCAAGCCUGGGACCCUCAGACCUCCAGACUCCUCACCUGGAAGCCCUUAAGCUGGCCUCUCUGGGGCUUACCUCUGUGGAUGAGGAUCUAAUAACUUCCCUGGGGAACCUCCAUGAGCUCGACAUCUCCUUUAACCAGUUAACUGAGGUGCCACAGGCCUUAAAGCAAGACUCCCUCAAGGGGCUGAUCAGGCUCAACCUGGCAGCCAACCUAUUUGGAGAGCUCAGGAUGGAGGACUUCCAGAAACUGACAGGACUUCAAGAACUAGAUCUAAGUGGACUUAAUCUACAGGGUUUUCCACAGAGUUUCUUCCAAAUAUUCCCUAGGUUGAUGCGCCUUACAGCAGCUGAGAACCCAUUCAACUGCUUGUGUCCAUUAGCCUGGUUCCCUGUGUGGCUAACUGAGAAGGGUAUGAGUCUUGGUAGGCCUGAGGAAACUAGAUGCCACUUCCCUCUAGUUAAUGCUGGAAAGAUGAUUUCAGCACUUGAGCACAAAGAUUUUGGAUGUCCACCUACCACAACAGUGCUGAUUGGUUCACCCAUUGGAAGUACUCCUGUUCCCCAGAUGCUCACCACACCCCCUGAAGCCACCCGUACCAAUGCUAUUCCUCCUCCCCCACCUCCCAGUGAGGAAACAGUGUCCUCAAAAACAGUCAGCUAUCCCCUUGCACCAGAACUUCCAAUCUCCCCUAGUUCCACCAGUGGGGAAUAUGAGCAGCACAUCUGCCCACCAAACAUCUGCCUUAAUGGGGGCACCUGUAAUUUCGAUCCAUCGGGUAGACUCAGCUGUCUGUGUCCCUCAGGAACCUCUGGUCUCUAUUGUGAAAAUGUGGAUGAAGUUCCUGAGCCACCAAAACCUGUAGCAACAGAGGUUUCAGUAGUUGCCCCUGUGAUGCCUGCUGAACUUGAUGCCAUCAGCUCACGCCAGGUGACCUCCACAUCUAUCCUUCUUGACCUGCAUCGCUUCAUUGAGACACGACCACACAUUCGUGGUAUAAGGUUGACCUACCGUAACCUCUCAGGACCUGACCGACGCCCCAUUAUCCUGAGUGUACCAGCAUCCUACCCCGAGUACACUUUGCGUGGUUUGAGACCCAACUGCACCUACUCAGUAUGUGCCAGUCCCUUGGGUGAGAAAGUCAUCUCUAGGUCAAACAGCUCUGUAGAAACAGGGUCAUGUACAGAAGCUCGGACCGAAGGGGUUCCACUGACAUCCUUAGAGCCCAGGGUGGAGACACAGAGCCAGGUAACAUAUACUCUGAUCCCUGCCCUGGCUGCCUUGGCAUUGGUACUGGGGUUGGCUGUGUUGGCUGGGAUGAUCAUCUGCCUGCGGAAGAGGAGGCAGUCCAAGGCAGGAAUGGAGCUGGAGUUGGGCCCAGCUGAUCCAGAUCCCAUGGAACUGGAAGGGAUCAAGGCCUGCCUGGAGAAUGGUGGAAAUGGUACACUUCAUCAGAAGCAGCCUGAGAUUGAGCGCUGUCACACUCCUCAGCCACCUCCAUCCUUGCAACAAAAUGGGGGCUUAGACUAUGAGGUACCCUUGAUGCAAGGACAUUGCCCAUCAAACAACAAUCUAGCAUCACUAAAGCCAUCGUAUUUCUAAGAUGCACUAUUUCCAAGAACAUUUGGAAAGAUUUUAGAGUGAGUGGGCUUACCCAUCAGGACUUUUGACAUCCUGCUUUGGCUCAUUUAGUGGUUAAAGUCUAAUUUCAUUCUAAUUUCACACAAUUUGAAAAGUGGCACUUACUUAUUUGGACUUGUCGAAAUGAUAACACUGCAGAAUGAAUCCUCUAUUUUCAAGGUACUUAAUGUUGAAGAUAGAAAGCAUAUUGGAAAUGUCCUAAACCACUGUUUCAAAGCUGAGCUUGAUGGAUGUGAGACUUAACUGAGUGAUUUAACUAAGUGCAAUCGUCUUAGUAGAGGAGUGAAAAUGGAAGUGCCUUUUCGCAUCGACACAACUGUAUUCGACAGCUCAUUUUUAAAAUGUGUUCGUUUUUAUAACAGAAACUAUGUCAAUGAGCUGUCAUCCUGUUGCUGGAUUAAGGAGAAAAUGGAGGAAGGUGUGUCAGGCCACAGAAGAUGAGGAUAUGAUGAUGGUUUAAAUGAAAACAGGGACUUGCCUGGACCACAGGCCCUGGAGCAAAAUGGGGUUUUGAACAACUCCACCUGCUCCAUGGGAACUAUAAAAAGAACUUGCACUGAAAAGACAUAUUCCCUUCCCUUUGUGGUCUCCCAGUGAUGAACUGCCAAAAGACUGAUGGUCACACGAGGAAAUGCAAUAAGAGAAAAAAUAAAAAGCUGCCUAAACCCCACAUUAUUUUGUUGACAUGAUCUAAUCUGAAAGUUUCUUCACAUGUGGAUUUUGAUUUUUCAGUAUCAACAGACAAUGAUUCUUUCUAGAAAUCUCAGAAGCUUCUGACUUCGCAGGAGAUACAUUUGCUGUGAAAGAUAAAUGGACUGAAUGAAAAGCCAUUGUGAAUUGACUUUGUUGAUAUUGUUUUGUGCCGUGACGAGAAGACUGUUUUGCGUAGCUGAUGUCAUGAUAUUCUUCUGCUUCUGUCCAUGUGUUGUCUUUUCUAGUUUUUUUUUUUCUGUAAUUGUUUAUUCAGUAUUUAGGUUACAUGUUGCUAAAAAUGUCCUUAGCCCCUUCUAGUGACUGUAGAAGUGAAUACUAAUUUAAGUUUAUGAGACCACAAUCUCUGAGCCCAUCGGCUUUCACAUGACGACGAAUUAGCCUCUGCGGGAAAUGGCCAAUAUUUUGGGGCUUCCAGUGUAGACAGCUGAUAUCCGAGUUGAAAAUCCCUUCGCUGUUCACAAUUUACAGUCCGAUAGUUGCUUUUAUCAUUGAAGGUUUCGCCACACAAAACACAAACAGUGAUACUUUCUCGACGUGUUUAAAGUCUGGACGGUAUGUUGGCUAUUCUUGGACUGUCUGCAACCAGAGCCUGCUCAAACGUGAUUGGUCCAAACAGAAUCUGUUUAUAGACAUUAACGAGACCAGCAACAAAAACAACCGGCAGUAAUCAACAAUGAGGAAGUUUUUAAAUGACAGAAUUAAAACUUGGCCACAGAGCCUUUUCGCCAAAAUACAGUAUAUCUGAUGAACUCGCCGUAUGAAUCCAACCGUCAAGUGUCAGACACUUUAUUUUCUCUGCCAGCGCUUCAUAAAGACACGGUUAAGCCUCAGACUGUUUGUGACUUCCAAAACUGUGUUCAAAGGCCUUUUGCCACAGAGCCCAAACCCAUAAAGCUGCACACAUGUGCCGAGAAAACAAAGCAAGUUCAAAGAGUUUCAAGUCAAUUUGAAGUGUCAGUAACUUUUAGACGCUAGUUGUUUCCUCUCUGUGUUGUUGACAGUAUCGUUUUGUGAGACAUAGUCUAAACAGUUCCAUCCAUCCAUUCAUCCAUCCAUUAUCUAUUCCGCUCAUCCUUUGGAGGAUCUUUGGGUGAUGGGGCCAAUCCCAGCUGACAGCGAGUAACAGGCGGGUACAUCCUGGACAGGUCGUCACCAAACUGACAAAUAAAGCAAUUAAUCAUCGUUAUGUUCACAGCUCCAGGCAAGUUAGAGUUGCCAGUUAACCUAACCUGCUUGUCUUUGGACCGUGGGAGGAAGCUGGAGUGCCUGGAUUUAUUGCUUGCAGGUGUGAGAACAUGCAAACGACAGAGUUGGAACGAGGCGCCAGCGCUAACCACAGCGCCACCGUACCACCCAUUCACAGUAUUCCCAUGUAGCUUUGUUUUUUUCCGUCUUACACGCUCCCUCUCGCUGCUGUUCUACACUUUAACCAUCCUGUGUUUUUGCCUAACAACGAUCAUUGGCGUGUGUUUGGAGACUAUUUUUCUUGUUUACUGCUUAACCAGACUGUGAAAUGCACCAUUUGGAGAAAUUUAUUGUCGUCUGAGUCUCGGAAAGUCACAAACUUUAAGUGCUUUUUUUCCCCCUUCUCCUUAGAAAAGAUUAUUGAAUCACAAGCAGGUUAACAGAGACGUGCCUUAGCAGCACUCUGAGCCUUACCGAGAUCUCGUAGAGUCGUAUUACAUACUGAUGUGUAUUUCAGGAACAAAAGGGCCUUUAUUUUUGCCUCACAAGACAUUGCAUUAUAUUACAUUACAAACUAAAAAUGAAGAAACAUGAAAUGUAAUCAAUUUAGCCAGUUUUUGAAUAAAAGAGCUUUCUCUGUUCUUGGUCGUCUAAACAGGCAAAAGCUAAGAUGACUGUGUGUUUUCAGUUGGAUUGUUCAGGUGUGUGUGUCUGUGUGUGUCUGUGUGUGUGUGUGUGUGUGUGUUUAGUUCCACAUCUACAGUAAGUUGUCAACUUCAUAAUGGAGCUCAUGAACUACACUGUCCAAAAUCAACUUACCAUCCUCCAGCUCCUCUUCUCUCUUCACUCUGUCAAUAUUCCAGUGCAAACACAGACGCUCAUAUACAAUAUCUGCUUUCCCCCCCGAUAUAUCAACUGGAAGUCUCUCUGGCUUUGCACAGUGAGAGGAGACAGGAAAUGUUUGAAAUACUUUCAACAUGCUUGUUACGGUAUCUUUCCUGUUUAUUUAGGAGAAGCUUUUCUUUCUUAUCGUUUCAUGUUCGUCAGGAUCUUUACAUGUUUGUCUUAAAAACAAUGCUGAGAAAAAAAGAGCAGUAAUAAAAUGCCUUAAUGACAAUA